AUGACUUCACAACCUUCGACAUCAAAUAAUCCGGGUUAUUAUGAUCAUCAUCUUCAUCAUCAACAACAACAAUUUUGGAAUACGACACCUGUUGCAGAUCCGAUGAAUAUGGUGAGAAAAGAGCAAAAAAAAAGAAAAUAAGUGAAAGUUGUUGCGGGCAUGUGGAAUCGAACUCGAGUCGCUAGAUUGCGAGGCAAAAUAGUUCCCUAGCUACAUUGCGCUCUAGAAUUUUGCAUUUGAAAGUUGAAGAAAAGAUUGAUGAGAAAAAAUAUUUCUGUGCAUUUGUGCGUUGUCUUGUUUGCGGACUAGAAAUAUAUUUUAGUUUCAUUGUCAGCGCAUUUUUAGAAUUAAGGCUUUAAAAAAUUAUAAAUAUCUCAUCAGAUAUGAAAAACAUGAACUAUUUAUUUUUACCGGAGAUUUAUUUUGAAAAAAGUUAGAGGCAGAAAAUAAAAAGUGCAUGCACAUAUUUUUCUCCAAUUUACAGUAUCCUAUGGACUACACAAACACAUCAAAUCUAAUCUGUAGUAUGCAAUAUUUCAACAAUCAAAAUCGCUAUCAACUUCCACCAAUAGGUCCGCCAUCUCUUCCUCCUCCACCUCCACCUCAAUCAAUUCCUCAAUCAGCCACUCAUCAUCUUCAUCAUCAUCAUCAUUUACAUCAUCAAUUUAUGGCUCCACAACAACAAAUGGUCGAACAAUUCUGGAUUCCACCUCCACCUGCUCCACAGCAACAACAACAACAACAACAUAUGAUUAUGGCCCCAACUACAGUACCUCCUCAAGGCGCACACUCGACACAAAAUGCUACAGUAACCAGUGCAAUGGAUUCGUGCCAACAGAUUUCGCACGUUUUGCAGUGCUAUCAGCAGGUAGGUUAUAGCGCCGACAAAAUUUUUGAAACUGUUUUUUUUGUAGGGUGGAGAAGAUGGUGAUUUUGUGCGAAAAGCUAUCGAGUCUUUGGUGAAAAAAUUGAAGGAUAAACGAAUUGAAUUGGAUGCUUUAAUUACAGCUGUCACUUCGGCUGGAAAACAACCAACUUGUUGUGUUACAAUUCAGGUAGAUUAUUAGUUGGGUCUUGAAGCGAACGAGGGGUACUGUAAAUCAUCUGAAAAAUUCGGCGCCAGAAUGGUUGUUUUUGACUUUACUAACAGUUAGGAUGUGGAACGGAAAAAAGGAAAAAGAUAAGAAAGGUCAGAAUUUUAGGCGCCAAAAAAUUAGAUAGUGGGCUACUGUAUUUGUUUCUUUGAUCUCUAGGGUACUGUAGUUUUAUAGGAUGAUUACUGUAGCUAGGUAUUUUUAGAAUUUCAAAAAUUCUUGGGAGCUCGUAAAAUUUUAUUGCUUUUUAUUUUUAGAAAAUUUUCGGAAACCAAUUUUAUUCUAGGGUUACUGUAAUUCUAAUUUCCAGAUUUUUUUGAUAAACUAAAAUUUUAGGAGUACUGAAAAACAAUCUACAGUACCCGACUGAUCCUAAAAUACCGUACUAUUGUUGUUUUCAGCGUUCUCUGGAUGGUCGUUUACAAGUCGCCGGUCGAAAAGGAGUUCCACACGUGGUUUAUGCGAGAAUCUGGAGAUGGCCAAAUGUCAACAAAAAUGAACUUGUUGUAAGUCCUCAAGGAUUACUGUAGGGUCUUUCAAAAUUCCAAAUUUCAGAAACUUGUUCAAUGUCAAACUUCGCCCGAACAUCCUGAUUAUAUUUGUAUAAAUCCAUAUCAUUACGAGCGAAUUGUCUCAAAUGGAAUUGGUGCAACUUCGAAUUUAGGCACACAAAUCGAUCAAAUCCACGUGGAAAUCAAGAAGGAUUUUGAUUUCAUUCCAAAUUCUUCUAUUUCUGCACAAAUUGAACCGGGAACUUCUUCGGGAAAUUCGAAUUCGCAAGAUUUUUCAGCGUGGUCCCCGAAUUUCUCAAAUUUUUCGAAUGCGAAUCAAGUUCAACAACAACAAUAUCAAUCGAAUUUUGAGGACAGAAGUUGUAAGUUUUUGGAGAAAACAAAUAAUGAACUAAUUAGCUAACAAUGUUUCAGUUGACCUGAAUCAAAUAGUUGUUCCUCCACCAAUUCAACCACUUCAUUAUUGGUGUUCAAUUAUGUAUUAUGAGUUAGAUACGCAGAUUGGAGAGGUUUUUAAGGUACAGUAAUUUGGGAGGGGAUACGAUGCUCCGCAAUUACACCUGAGAAUCAAGAAAAAUGCAAGGUGUAAACAGGGAGCAUCGUUUGAAAAUUUGUACGAUGCUCUGCAAUUACUUUUCACAUUUCUGUGUCCUCACUAAACGUAAGCUUUCAUUUAAAAAUUAUUUAUUCGAAGCGAGUAAUUUCUGAAGAAUUGCUGAGAUUCGGAUUUCAUAAAUGCAAAAAUUGAUCCAAGUUGGCAAAUCUAAAUGAAACAUUUUUAUAUUUUCUGAAUGAUCUGUCUAAUCGCUGUAAACUCACAAAAACUAAAAAUUGAUCGCGGAUGGUAUAUCUACAUGACGAUUUCGUAGCAGAGCUAGAAUAGAAAACUGAUUUUUGAGACAGGGAGACGCCUUUUUAUAGCGCGUGUUUUUUUUUGAAGAAGGAGGAGAAAAAAUUAGGGCGCGCGAAAUUGUUUUUUGUAAAACGUGUAAUUUUUAACUAACUAGAGUCUAGUUUUUAAAAAAAGGGUAACUAGAGUAUACUUAACAUUUUUCAUUUUAGAAAAAAAAACAAAAAAACGGCAUUGCUCAUAUUAAUAUUAACUAAAUUCGCGGUUACAAUUUCACAACAAUCGUGUAACUUUCUAAAAAUUCAUAUUUCUAACGUCAUAGAUUUUCUAGUUAGGCCUGAAAUUUGAAAAUUCCGGAAUUUCAAAAUGAAAAGUUCUUAUUUAUCAAAAAUUUGAAUCAAAAAUUCAAAUUUUCAAAACUUCACAAUUAAAAUGAAGAGCUGGUUUAGUUUUGCUCAAAAAACCUCAUACAAUUCAAGUAUUUCUCUAAUACAUUAGAAUUUUGAUGUUAUUCGAAAAUUGAUAAAUUUUUUUCUAUUAUUCAAAUGUGAAACAAGAAUUUUAGAAAUCUCAAAUUUUCUCUGAAGAAUUCUCAGAAAUCCUACUAAUUUUCCCUUUUCAAAUUAUUUUGAACCAGAAGGGCUCCGCCGGCUGUCGCCGGCUCCUCCUUCUGGGUUGUCGCGGCUUCGCGCUCAGUAUUCUUUUGAUGAACAGUUUGUUUCUCUGAAGUCCUGUUAGAACAUCAAAAUUAAACGUUUUUCAUUGAGAAUUUGAAAACUUUGUUGAGAAACUGGAAGCAAUAUGCAACAUGAUCACUUAGAUGUCUCUUUAUUAUUUUUUAGCCAACAUAUCUAAGCUCUUAAUCUUAACGAACAGUGGUAUAUGAGAUACUUUUUCUGAUCACACAGACGCCGCCCUAAACUUUUGCAAAGGGUGGCAAAAAUCACUCAACAAACGCUAAACGCAAACCUAUGCCAUCUCUAUCUCUCUCAGCUCAUUUGAUAAUAUUUGAGAACCCUAUAGAAUUUCAGUUUUCCAAGAUUUAGCAACAUCCGCCAAAAAAAUUUGCAUGAAAAUUAAAAAAGAUUUUUGUGUUUUUUUUUUGAAAUUUGCAGUUUUCAGAACCUGCCGUUUUUUGAUCAUUCUAAAAUUUAUUAGGUUUCCAACAAACACUUGCCACGUACACCAUACAUCAGUAUCCCCGGAUUUUCGUCCGGAGGGGGUCUGGCUAACUUUGGAAAAAAGGGGUGGGGACCGGCUAACUUUUUGAAAAAAUAACAAUUUACCCCCCAAAAACCAAUUUUUUUCUCUUUUUUUUGAGGGGGUCUGGCUAAUUUUUGUAUUUUCACAUUCCGGGGGUGGCUAAUUUUGAGACCCUGACCCGGAGAAACCGAUGUAUGACGUACACAAAAUUUCGCUGUUUUUCACGUUUAUAUUUUGUAAUUUUCAUCUUUUCAGACAAAGUUUGACGUGAAUUUGUUGAAAAUUUCUGAAAACUAACAACAAUUGUCAGUUUGUAAAGGUUUAUCUAAAUUUGUCUCUGAUACAGGAAAUCAAACCGCAAAGGAUAUGUGGUUUGCUAUACACCAUUUUGUAGAGCUCGAUGAACUGAACAAUUCAUUGCGACCCGGUUUUCCUUUAAAAAAAAUUUAAACUUUUUUCAAUAUUUCUGGAAAUACACAGAGUUUUCCGCCUCAAAAACUCAUGUUUAAUUGUAUACCAUUUAUAUCACCUCGUAGAAAAUUUCUCCCUUUACAAACUUAGUUUUCAGAAGUUUUCAAAAAUUUUCAGAAGUUUUCAAAAAAAAAAAAAAAUUCACGUCAAACUUUGUCUGAAAAAACAUGAAAAAUUACAAAAUACAAACGUGAAAAACAACAAAAUUUUACGUGGCUAUUUUUUUCUGACCGCCGCCUGGAAUGACACUAUGCAAUUUUCGUUUUUUUUUCAAAACAAAUAUCCAACAAAUUUUUAAAUUACUGCGAAAUGGAGAAUUCUCAAAACGAUAGAAAUUCUCAAAAUGUCAACCGUUUCAGCAGAUAUUCCUGGGUCAGAAAUCAAAUAAAUUGAAAUUUCGUUCCGAAGUCGUCUAAAAAUACAAAACAUUGGGUUGCAGAAAAUUUUUGCCCUACAACCAAUUUUGAAUCUUUGUGUGCCCAAUUUUUUUGAUUUAGCGGAUCAUUUUCCGCGAUUUUUCGGACACAUUUCGGUAUCUAUCUCAUUUUGAAAACUGUAUUUAUGGAUUUUAGGCACACCUCGGCCAAAAUCGUGGUUUCCACAAUAAAAAAUUGUACGCUAACUUUUUACAGUACAAAAAUUGUGAAUUUUUCAGUUUUUGCCCUCUAAAAAUUGAGAUUUUUCAAUUUUUGACCUCUAAAAACUGAAAUUCUGAUUUUUCCAAAAAUUGUACUCUGGCCAGCCACGGCUUGGCCGAGGUAUGAUUUUAGGUUUCAAAAAAAGAUUUGAUUUCACUCAGAGAUUCGCUGGCCAGCUCGCCACCAGGUGGGGAGGCUGGCUGACCUGGGAACCGCAUGGAAACCACGUCGCCCGGUUUUUUUUCGCUGGCAAGGUGGCCAGGCUCUGGCUAGGUCACGGCCACAUGGCUACCACGUGGUGGCCACUUCGCCUCGUCAAAAUGAAUUUUCAUGAAAAUGUCUGAAAAACUUGUGAAUUGAGGCAUUUUCGAAAAAUUUGGCUCAUUUUCUGUUUUUUCGCAGCACUUGAAACCUUAGGAAGUGAAAAAACAGUAGAAAAUGCACUAUUUUGAGUACAAACCACCGUCUUGCCAGCUUUCCAGAAUUUCAAACACACAGGCCACGUCGCCGGAAAACUCGAGGCGACCUGGCGGCCAUGCGGUUUCCAGGUGGCCGCAGCGAUCUGGUGGCGAGCUGGCCAGCGAAUCUCUGAGCAUUUCAUAUUUGUUUUUAUUUGUAAGAUUCCCUUUCUCCUUAAAGGAGUAAAAAAAAGAUAAAAUAUCGGAUGAAGGAUUUUUCUGAAAGGAAUAUUUCUUAAAAGAGGAGAAGAAGUAGAUGAAAGAAAAUGUUUCCUUUUAUUUGUUUCCUUUUACAUCUUAUCUCUAUCCGUUUGAUAAAAAAUCGGAAGAAAGUUGAGUACUCGAAAGACGUGGAAUUUCAGAAACCUAAACAGAUUUCUCGUAUUUUAAUGAAGAAAAUCCAAAUUUAGCUUUUUGGAAUUACAAAAUUUUUCAGAUAUGUUCUCCUCUUCUGAUAAUAGGAAAAUUCGUCGAGGUUCAUGAAAUUUCAUGUCUUUCGAUUACUCAUAUUUCUUUCAUUUUUUAGUAAACCUAUUUAAAAAGAUAUAUAUGAUGUAAAAGGAAAAAAUUGAUAAAAAGACAUCUUCUUUCAUUUAAAAGCAACAUCAUCUUUCCCUUAUUCCACCUCCAAGAAAGAGUUCUCUCAGAAAAUCCUUCAUCCGAUAAUUUACCUCUUUCAACUUUCCCACUCGACCCCCUCUGAGUUUUUACGUUUUUUGUUUGGUUCGAAAGCGACCCAUCAGCUUAACCUGGCCAAAAAACCUGGCACACCCAAUAUUUGAAGGAAGCGUGAAGCAUGUUCUUUGUCUUCUAUUGGAAUCAUCAUGCUCAGCCCUACUUUACUGUACAGCGCUGGGGGUAUAAUUGUUUAUUUUCUUUCUUCGAUUUCAUUUCGAAGAAGAAACUUAUUUAUUUCACAGCUUUCUGGACUAAUAUGAGCCUGAACUCACGAUAAAAUACGAUUCAGUGCAUCUUCUUCAUUUCAUUGGAAACCAUUUUCAUCUGAAGUUUCGAAUAACUAAUGAAAAUCUCUACAGUAGUUCAACUCACUUUAUUUAUUUUCUAUUAAUUUACCCAACCGAUUAGGAAGAAGCUAUCAUCGAGAAAUGCCCAAAAAUUGUUGGCUUCUUCAGAAAUAAGAAAAAUCAGAUAAGAAACGUGUCCUUCAAUUUUUUGUGGAAUAAAAACGUGCUCAUUCUUUUUAUCAUGAAAAAAGUUUAGAUUUUUCACGUGAAAACUCGCGCACUUUUUGAAAAACAAAAUAUUAGCGCAUCGAUGGGAACGAAUUUGGGAUUUAAUGGUGAAAGUAUCAUGAAAAACGGCCUUCUGGGAGUUGAGAAAAGUCGAGCGACACAUUUUGAAACCCAAAAAUACAUUGAAAAUUUUGGACUUUGCAUUUUUUCGCGCACUUAUCGAAAGAGUAGAAAAUGAUAUGUGGCUUCCCCACCAAGUAGAAGUAAUUUCCUAACUUCUAGUUCAGGAAUUUUUCAUUUUCAUGCUCUGGGAAUGAAAUGCGGGCUCUGGACACACAUUUUUUAUUUUUGUCAAUUAGUAUAUAGUAGAUAGUUUUCGAGUUUCAAUGUAUCAAAUAUCAAAAGUCUGUGCUCCAACCAACAAAAAAAAACAAAAUAAAUUUCAUAAAAAAUUAUUUAUUUGAAUCGAGUUAGACAUAAAAGGAAGUAUUGUUGAUAACUAGGAAUACACAUCAAUUGAGCCAAGUUAUCAAUCUGGAAAACAACAUUCUGAUUUGCUUUUUGAAUGUUUUAAACUCACUCACAAUAAAUUUGAUCUCUGACAAAUUGCUAUUAAUUUGAGACCAUUUUGAGGGGAAAAUAGAAUAAAAACUGAUUUUUUGAGAUGGGUUGCGCGCUUUUAUAACGCGCAUUUUUUUUUGAAAGAGGACGAGAAAAAAAUUAGAGCGCGUGGAAUUGUAUUUUUGUUGGAAAACGUGUUAUUUUUCAAACAUUUUUUCAAAUUUUUUCAUUUCUUGAAAUUUUGAAAACUCAAAAUCAAACGAAAUUUUUCGAAAGUUUUUCACAGAGCCAAAAACUGAGAUCCAAUUCAAUUAGUCUCAGUGUGUAAGAUUCUACCAGUUUUUAAAAUUAUUCCAACUCCUUUUUAUUUUCCAGGGUUCCUCUCACGAUAAUGGAAAAGUUUUAAUAGAUGGUGGAAUGGAUCCACACGGUGAAAAUGAGGGUCGGUUUUGUCUCGGCGCACUUUCAAAUGUUCAUCGAACAGAAGCAAGUGAAAAAGCUCGAUUAUAUGUUGGAAAUGGAGUUGAAUUAGUUGCACAUUCUGAUGGAAAUGUAUCAUUGACUUCGAAAUGUAAAAUAUUUGUUAGAAGUGGAUAUUUGGAUUAUUCAAAGGGUUUUGAAUAUGGUGGAACUAAAGCGCAUCGAUUUACGGAAAAUGAUGGAAGUGUUACGGUAUGUUGAGUAGCAUAUUCGCCCUAUUGACAAUUCAACAAUUCAGGUUUUCGACAUUCGUUGGGCUUUUAUGCAAAUGAUGCGACGAAGUGAAUCAAGUAAUGAAGCGGUUCGAGCUCAAGCUGCAGCUGUAGCUGGAUAUGCACCGGUAAGAGUCUAAAGAUUUUUUGUGCUCAAUUUUUUCUAUCCUAAAAAUGUGGCUCAAAUUAAGCUUGAAUUUUAGAAAUCAGCCUUUGAAAAUAAACUUGAUCCUUUCAAAAUUUCGAAUUUUAUUUCAGCUUUCUGCAAUUCCCCAAAUAAUGCCAGAUUCUGGAGUGGAUGGAAUGCGACGAGAUUUUUGUACAAUUGCAAUUUCGUUUGUCAAAGGAUGGGGAGAUUUGUAUCAUAGACAGAGUAUUAAGGUGAGGGGAAUUUAAAAUCUAGAGAUUUUUAAACAAAAAUUCCAAAAUUUAAUUUCAGGAAACUCCAUGUUGGAUCGAAGUCCACCUUCAUCGCCCUCUUCAACUUCUCGAUCAACUUCUCAAAAAUAAUUCAAAUAAUUCUCCUUGA